CUGAACAACAGCGCCGAGCUGCUUUCUUUCUUUUACUUUUUUCUUUUUCUUUUUUUUUUUAAAUUUAAACGUGCACUGCGAUCAUUUCUGAAGCGCGAUGGCCGUCUGACGGUUCGGUCUGGAUGAUACGGUUGAUUUUUGUUGCCGUUUUUUCAUGCGUUUGGCUGGGAUUAAAGUGUUUUAGGUCUCCCUAUGUUUGAGCGUCUUCCGGCGGCGGUGGCGGCAUCAGCGGUGCCAUGAAUAGUGGACUCCCGGUCUCGGCUGCUCCGCUCGGCGGUGUCGGAAUACCGGGCGUCAAGGUGAAAUUCUGCCGCUAUUACGCGAAAGACAAGACUUGCUUUUAUGGCGACGAUUGCCAGUUCUUGCAUGAGGAUCCGUCCGCGGCGAGUGCUGUGCACGGCGGAGGAGGAGGAGGCAGCGGCAGCCCGGUGACUUUAGCCCUCGCCGGCGGGGCAGUGAGCACCGCGGCGGCUGUAGCAGGGUACCCGCUCGCUGGGAACGCAGUAGCGGCGUGUCCGAGCGGAGGUCCGGCGGGUGUCGCCAAAAAGAGUGAUGCUCUCGGGCCUGCAGGAGCGGCUCUGGACGGCCAGUUGUUGAGCAUAGCUGGGAUGGACGGUGGGGCGCUCAGUGAUGCCAAUCUGACCAACUCCUAUUUCAGCAGCAGCUUUAUUGGAGUCAAUGGGUUUGGAAGCCCAGCAGAGUCCAAAUACUCAAUGAUGCAGAGGAUGACCAGCAGCAGCAGCUCCCCGAGUCUCCUUAAUGACGGUGCCAAGAAUUUCAGCCACAGCGCUCAUGGUGAGCCACAAUCUGCUGUUAGCUGUUGGACUGUAUCACAGUUUACUGGCUUUGAAACGUCUCUUACUGCGCGCUUUCUUUUUGCAGAUCCUGUAAGUUCCCCCACUUCCUCCCUGUUUAGCGACUUUGGUGCUUUGAGCAUAACACAGAGGAGAAAGGCUCCCAAUCCCGCUGCCACAGAGUUCAUCCCUAAAGGAGCACCACGCAUGUCCACGAUGUCUCAGGCAGCUGUACCGACAUUUCCCUCGCCGCUAUUCCCCCAUCCCAGUCUGAGCGGCUCAGCCGCAGCGGGACUCGCGCCAGGUAUGUCUUUGUCUGCUGGGUCGUCUCCUCUCCACUCGCCCAAAAUCACUCCCCACACCUCACCCGCCCCCCGGCGCCGUAGCCACACCCCAAACCCCAACCCAGCCAAUUACAUGGUGCCCACCACGGCGUCAGAGCAAGGAGGCGGUGCCCACAUCAUCCAGAAGGAGACUGUAGGAGGAACCACCUACUUUUACACUGAUAACACCCCUGCUCCCAUGACUGGAAUGGUGUUUCCAACGUACCAUAUCUACCCACAAACAGCACCUCAUGUGGCGUACAUGCAGCCCAAAGCCAACGCUCCGUCCUUCUUUAUGGCUGACGAGCUCAGACAGGAGUUGAUUAACAGGCAUUUGAUAACGAUGGCCCAAAUCGAUCAGUCUGAGAACCCAGGAGUCCCGUCUGAGGUGGACAGCUACCAUAGCCUGUUUCCCCUGGAGCCUCUUCUGCCCCCCAACCGCCUCCAGAAAACCAGCAACUUCAGUUACAUUACUUCCUGUUACAAGGCGGUCAACAGCAAAGAUGACCUGCCUUACUGUCUCAGGAGGAUACAUGGCUUCAGGCUGGUGAACACCAAGUGCAUGAUGCUGGUCGACAUGUGGAAGAAGAUCCAGCACUCCAAUGCUGUCACUCUCCGAGAAGUCUUUACCACCAAGGCUUUUGGAGAUCACUCGUUGGUGUUCUCUUAUGACUUCCAUGCCGGGGCUGAGACCAUGUACAGCAGGCACUUCAACGACCCAACGGCUGACUCUUAUUUCACCAAGAGGAAGUGGGGUCCACACGAGCCUCCUCCUCCUCGGCAGCAUGCCGGUCUGCUGCCUGAGUCUCUGAUCUGGGCCUACAUCGUGCAGCUGAGCUCGGCCCUGCGCACCAUCCACACUGCCGGCCUGGCCUGCAGGGUCAUGGACCCCAGCAAGAUCCUCAUCACUGGAAAGACUCGGUUACGGGUGAACUGUGUAGGCGUGUUUGAUGUCUUAACAUUUGACAAUAGUCAGACCAACCACUUGGCCCUCAUGCCCCAGUACCAGCAAGCAGAUCUGAUCUCUCUGGGGAAGGUGGUAUUGGCGCUGGCCUGCAACUCUCUGGCUGGCAUUCAGAGAGAGAACUUGCAGAAAGCCAUGGAGCUCGUGUCUAUCAACUACUCAUCCGACCUCAAGAACCUCAUCCUGUACCUGCUUACGGAGCAGAGUCGCCUGCGUAGCGUCAAUGACAUCAUGCCCAUGAUCGGAGCCAGAUUUUACACUCAGCUGGACGCUUCACAGAUGAGGAAUGACGUCAUUGAGGAAGAUCUGGCCAAGGAGGUGCAGAACGGCCGCUUGUUCCGCCUUCUGGCCAAACUGGGAACCAUCAAUGAGAGACCAGAAUUCCAGAAGGAUCCGACGUGGUCUGAGACAGGAGAUCGCUACCUGCUGAAGCUCUUCAGAGAUCACCUGUUCCACCAGGUGACUGAAGCAGGCACGCCUUGGGUCGACCUGAGCCACAUUGUGUCGUGUCUUAAUAAACUGGAUGCCGGCGUGCCCGAGAAGAUCAGCCUGGUGUCUCGGGAUGAGAAGAGCGUGCUGGUGGUGACCUACUCAGACCUAAAGCGCUGCUUUGACAGCACCUUCCAGGAACUGCUGGCUGCCGCCAACGGCUCACUGUAGCGCCCCUCACAGGCAUGGGGUGGGACUGCCUGAAUCGGAGCACAUUGCACUACAGUGAACGAAGACGGGCACAGCUCGAACGAUCUUAACGGCCAGAACGGUGCCAGCUGGUUGCUCACCUCCAGUCAGAUACACUGUCCUAAAAGGAAGUUGUACUUUUUUUUCCUAAAGUGUAUUUUUUUAGUUUUCCUAAACUCACAGCUUCUGAAUUCUGAACCUGUUGACAGCUGUGAUGAAUUUUUUUAGACACGGGGAACAACAACAACAUUAUUGUCGAUAAGAAACAUUAAGGACAAUUUCCUGCUUUUAUUUUUCUUGGUUUUUAUUUUUUUCCAUUGGAGGAUGCACUAAGAAUUUUAAGUUUUUCCUUUUUUUAAAAAAUAAAAAUAAAAAAAUCAUGUGGGUGGUGUCCACAGGGUGACACAAGAAAAGGAUGAGGACUAGGUUUCCGGGGAAAAAAGCGAUCUCUUCUUUAGGCACUGCGAGUCGGGACAGACCACUUGCCACGUGUGCAGAACCCAGACCACUUUCUGCCUCCGCUGUCAUUUAGAUAGGACAAACCAUUGUGCUUAUAAGAGAGGGGAGGGGGCGGCCAAAUCGCUAAGAAGACUGACCACUGUUUGAACAUGAGGCAUGUGGUGUGAUAUGGUAUGCUCCCGUUGUCCUGCACCCCCCCGCCAGCUGGUGAGACUUUCCAGAGUCACAUGUGAUUGCAAAGAGAAGGUUGCUUCAUUACUGCCUGGGUUCUCACUCUGUCCAUGUAACUUUGGUGGCACUGACAAAGGGGUGCUUUCUCCUGUUGCUGUGUAAGACUUUAUUAGACUUAUGCAACCUCCAUUAAAUUUUUUCUUUUUUUUUUUUUCUUUUUUAAAUUUUCAUGGAUGCUUUUUGCAAUGUGAUAUGAAUCAACAAUUGUGUGAAUGGAUUUUUCUUUUGUUUCGUUUGUUUGUUGUCUUUUUCAAUCAGGCUUUUUAGGUCUGGAAAGGAACCAAAGAACUGGACCACAUUUAGGAAGGGAACCAGUUCUGCCUCUGUGGAAUCUCCUCUCCCUCUGCUCCCUUUUUGUGGAGCAAUCAUUUAGAUUACGCUCACAUUUUCACUCUUCCCCACUCUCCAAGCUGGUUGUUGUAUUUUGGACUGAAUCAAUAGCUCUUAUGUGGUGGUUCUUUUCUUUUACACACCCAGCUCUUGCGCAGUGAUACAUGAUGAGAUGUUUGAACUCUCACUCUGACCAAUCCCACUAAAACUUCUGGGAAGGAUGGUGGAAAGGGUAGGGCCAGUUUGAGGGUUGUGUUUGAAUUUUUUUUUUUUAACACCACAUUUCUCACCUGAAGAUCAUGUGAUGGUAACAUGCUGGGAAAACGGAACAGCCGUUGAUAAAACAGCAGGUAACAGAGGGGGAGUGUUUGGGGGGUUGGGGUGGGGGGUAGAGUUGGUUGUUUUUGCACUUGGAGCAGUUUUGGCAUUCUCUCAGGACGACUCGACCCGAAUUAAGCCAAUGAUUGAAUGUGUUUUGACCCGUCAUUGGUGACCCUUUCCAAUCAUGAGUCGAGCUACAGUGGAAAAGGUGCGACGUGAGCAGGUCUGGCUGAGCCACACUGAACAUGGAGGGCAUAGGAUGGAGCAUGCUAUACUGAGCUGAUGUGAGGAUGCUGUGUAUCGAAUUGUACUUUUGUGUUUUUCUUUUUGUGAUAGUCAAAACAGCAGUGAAUCUGGUGCCAAGCCUCUCCUUUUUUUUUUUUUUUUUUUUCCCUCCUCCCCUCCCCAGAAAUACACACUUGAGUCCUUCCAGCGUAUCCAGCCAACACGCAGCUAAUUCUCAUAUCAUAUCAUGAAUAUCAUGACCCUAUUCCCCAAGGAUCACACUCCAGUAAAAAUGUGUGCUAACCCUUACACACACACACACAAACACACACACACACAAACACUCACACAAUAUCUUAGUACUUUUAAUGCCCUACUUGUGUUUCAUUGUCUCACAUUUUGCAAUAUUUGUGUGUACAACAGUAUUUUAAUAAAGAAUACAAAACUUUACAAA